UUAUAUGAUGGAAAUGGAAAUAGCACUCACUCACUUGCAGCGAAGAAGAAAAAAAAUAAAAACACCAUCAGCAUCUUCACUCACCACGAAGGUUCCGUUCUCUGUGGAUCUAUAUCUCUAGGGCACGUUACGUGGAAGGAAGCUCUUCACCGACUUCAAUCGAAGAAGAUGGAUUACAGUGCUGGUUCGAGUCUGUUUCCGUUGCACCGUUGCAAAACCAUUCACCUGGUUGGUGAGGCACGCGCAGGGGAUUCACAAUGUGGAGGGUGACAAAAACUACAAAGCCUACAUGAACCCCGAUUACUUCGAUGCUCAUCUCACUCCCUUGGGAUGGCAACAGGUUGACAAUUUGCGUAAGCAUGUUCGCGACUCUGGCCUUAUCAACACCAUUGAUCUAGUCAUUGCAUCUCCUUUGAUGAGGACUCUACAAACAACUGUUGGGGUAUUUGGAGGUGAGGGCUACACAGAUAAAACAGACGUCCUUCCUCUUAUGGUUGCAAAUGCAGGAAAUAGCUACCGUGCUGCAAUUUCAAGUCUAAAUUCCCCACCAAUUGUUACUGUUGAACUUUGUCGUGAACAUUUGGGAGUUCAUCCCUGUGACAGAAGAAGAAGUGUUAGCGAGUAUCAAUUUCUUUUUCCCGCUGUUGAUUUUUCACUGUUAGAUAGUGAUGAGGAUACCUGGUGGAAGGCCAAUGUUAGAGAGACAAAGGAAGAACUUGCAGCUAGGGGGAUGAAGUUCCUUAACUGGUUGUGGACACGAAAAGAGAAGGAGAUAGCAAUUGUGACACAUAGUGGAUUCUUGUUUCAUACUCUGAAUGCCUUUGGAAGUGAUUGCCACCCCUUGGUAAAGAAAGAAAUAUCCAAGCACUUUGCUAAUUGUGAACUUCGCUCCAUGGUCAUUGUGGAUAGAGGUAUGAUAGGAUUGGAACAAUCAACCACUAACUAUCCAGGCAAGAUACCUUCAGGGCUGGACCUCCCUAGUGAUGUUGCAGAUGAGAAGUCUGAGAAAUAAUGGAUUUGGCUUCUUCUACUUGUUUGUAUGUGUUCAGGACCAUUCAAGCAUUGGUUCUUCUAUUUGAAGUUCACUAUUACAAAAUCUAACAUGAUUAUGUCAGAUUAUACAAACUGUGCUGAUUCUGUCUUGAAAUUUAUCAAUUAUUGUCUGCAGAAAAUAUUUGUUAACAAUUAUAACCUUGUUGGAAAUCAGAUGACCCAUGUGUGGCAACACAGUCACAAAACACUUCUGUUUGUUGA